CCAGGUUACCCCGCCAACGGCACGACGCGAGAAAAAAAGUCAAAAGUUUCAACGAUAAAGUUCUCCAGCAACAAUCUUCGGUGCAAAAGACUUGGUAUAACCUUUCCGAAUAACCUAUCACCCACCACCACCAUCAGCAAACCCCCUCACCUGUUGCUCAGGGUCGCGCUGAGGUAACCCCCAGGUCGUGCCAGGCCUUCAUCCCUUGAAACUAAAAGCUUUCCCGUUUUUCUUCGCUUUACAAUGGUCAGCAAAAAGUCGGCGCCGAAAUCAAAGCCGGCGCAGAGCGCUUCGCACCUGUCCUCGAAACUCUCGACCGCGGCAGCCCCUUCAGCGGCACUGACGGCCUCUGCUUUCUCUCCUCCGGAGCUCCGCCUUUCGCUAUUUGCCUCUGUCGUCCGAGGCCUCGAUGCGUACCGCUUGAGAAUCCACGACACCACCACCAACCGUCUGCGGUGCGAGCACACCUUCGAGAAGGGCGUUUCGAUCAAUUCGCUGUCCUGGGGAUCGCUACCGCCGAAAGACAAGAAGGGUGCAAAGAAGAAGCGCAAGCGGUUGUCCAACGGCGCUGGGGCCAGUGCUGAAGAGGAUGCGAAGAAUACGGUUGUUGCAGCUGCGACAAAUCGGGGCACUGUGAUCUUAUUUUCGCCCACCGAGGGUGUGGUGGUUGGCGUUCUGGAGGGAGAGCAUGUGACCGGCGUUCAAUUCUUCGUUUUCUCGGCAGAGGAGGGACGUGGUUGGAGUUGCGGUCAGGAUGGCAAACUGGUGGAGUGGGAUACUAACAGGAAGAUUUCUCUCAGUAAUAUUGCUCUCCCAGAUCCGUCGAUAAAACGGCUUGCGCCUACUACGGAAAAGAUCCUGUCCGCCUCGCACACAGUCUAUGCAAUCGACAGGAAAGAUUCUGGCAUGGUCGAACCUGCGAAAUUCACUGCCAACUCCACGCCAAUUCACACCAUCAUCUCCUCCAAGGACGAGAAACAGUUCCUUACAGCCGCCGAGACUGAUCGGUUUAUCAACAUCUUUUCGCUAUUGGAAAACAAGCACGUUGGAGCGCUCGUCGCAGAAUCUGAUAUUCUCGGGGCAUCAUUCUUCGAAGGAUCCCAGCACGAAAUCCUGGCUGUCGUUACUGCCGAGGGUGUUGUCGAGGUGUUCAAGUCGCCUUUCGAGCCUGUCGUGGCAAACGCCGGAUCACCAGUGGCCUCCAGGAAGAAGAAGGCCGUGACACGGAAGGGAGAGGCAAAGGUCCGCAUUGUGCGCCCUAACGGCAAGGAUAUCGUCUCGGUCGCCGAUGUGUCCGUUCAAAACGAAGAACUGGUUCUUGCCUGGGUCGAGGGUGGUGUCAACAUUGAGUUCGAGAAGGUGCGAUGGACGAACGCCGAAGAUGGAAGCUUUGUCCUCAGCGGCACCAUCGACAUUACAAGAUCUAAGACCUCCUCGCUCGAUGCCAACGGUGCAGUCAUGAAUGGCGUCAAGGAAGUUGGGAAAAUGGUGGUUGACCAGUCACACGCCAUUGUUGUCGGAGGAGACGACAUGCAGGAUGUCGGUAUGGAAGAUGCGCCAGCUCCCGAAUCCGAGAACGAGGAGGAAGAGGAGGAAGAGGAAGAAGAAUCGUCCCCCGAGAAUGACGAUGACGAUGCCGAUUCCAUUGCGGGUGCCGAGGAGCCUUCGUUUGGCGACCGCUUCCAGGCUCUCGAAGUCUCCGCUAAACCCACAAACGCCCUCGCCCCUCUCAAGGUGAAGCGCUCUCUCGAGCCUCCAACAGCAAACGCCCUCACCUCGGUCCUCACCCAGGCCCUCAAAACCAACGACACUACGCUCCUCGAAUCUUGUCUCCAUACAACCGAUACCCAAACAAUCCUCAACACCGUGCGCAAGCUGCCCUCUCCCAUGGCAGUCACCCUCCUCGAGAACCUCGCUGAGCGUCUCGCACGGAAGCCUGGACGUGCCGGUAGCUUGGGUGAUUGGGUCCGCUGGACACUAGUCGCACACGGAGGAUACCUCGUCACUCUCCCCAACCUCGUCCGCACUCUGUCCGGUCUCUACUCCACCCUCAACACCCGGGCUGGUGCCCUUCCGCGCUUGCUCGCACUUCAGGGAAGACUCGAUAUGCUCCACGCCCAGGUGCAGCUCAGGCAAACCAUUCGUGCCGCCACUGCCGGCGAAGGCAGCGGCAACGACGAUGGCGUCCUCUACGUUGAGGGUGAAACUCCCGAGAGCGACACCGACAACGAGAGCGACGAGGAGCCAGAAGAAGUCGGAAUGGAGGGUAUGAGGAUCGAAGAUGCUAGCUACAUCAAGUCUCCAGCAGCCCUGGAUGAUGACGAGGACGACUCUGCCGAGGAAGGUGGAGCAUUCUUGGACAGUGAUGAUGAGGAAGAGGAGGACGAUGAGGAGGACGAUGAGGAGGGCGAUGUCAGGGCGUUUAUAGACCUUGAGGCCAGCGAGAGCGAGGCGGAGGAUGAUGGGGACAGCGUGGACUAUGAUGAUGUCGAUGCUGCUAGUGAAGAGGAAGAAGAGGCCCCUAAGAAGGGGAAGGCGAAGGUGAAAAGUCGGCGGUAGAAUAGUCAACAUGCGAUGUGAAUAGUUGAUUUUCCGUGUAAUUUUUUCUUUCCUUAUUAUCCAUCUUCAUUGUUGAUCAUCAAAAGCUUAGGCGGGUUGAAAUUAAUUUUGUCUAUCAUAAAUCUCUCAUGUUGCAAAUACUGAAC